AUGUCCGUGACGGAAAGAGCAAAGAAGAUAAUUUCAGAGCAGCUAGAUGUGAAGAAGGAAGAGAUAACAGGAACGAAAAAAUUUGUGGAUGACCUCGGAGCCGAUUCUCUGGAUACAGUGGAGCUGGUCAUGGCUCUUGAAGAGGAGUUUGAUAUCGAGAUCCCAGAUGAAGACGCUGAGAAGAUCGCUACCGUUCAAGAAGCUAUAAAUUAUAUAGAAGCCAAUCUAAAAUAA